UCGAUUUUUCUUGGAGCGUCAGUGAUCACUGAUCAGUCCUAGAAAAUUGAUUGUAAGAUCAAAGAUGGCAGGAGUUUGUGCGUUUUGCUCAUUUUAGGCCUUGUCCUGUUUUAUUUGUAGGCAUUGGGAAGGUUAAUUGCUUGACUGAAGUCGUUAGUAUUGCUUAACUGUGGAGAGUGGUUUGAAAACAAUCUCGUCGGGCUUAGCCCUUGGAAGUGCGAACCUCGCACAUAUGGAAUUCUUCUAAUACGGCACUGUCAAAAAUGGAGCCUUAAAUCUUCGUUAUAUCGCUGCUUUUUGAUUAAUAUUGGGAAAUUCGGUUUUUUGGUUCUUUUAUUGGAAAGGGAAGCCUUCGUCGCCAUGGAGGAUCUGGAAUCAGGAUUACAGAACGGCCAAGCCGAGCAAACGGGAAGAAUUCUUGUCGGUCCUGGUGCCAAGAACGAUCUCCCAUUGCUCUUAUCUCAGAAUCUGAUAGCACUUAGUGAGGACCAAAAGGAAAAGAUUAAUAAGGCGAAAAAGUAUGCCACGGAGCAAAGUAUUAAGUAUGUGCUUAUGAAACAAACCUUGGCCCAUCAACAACAACAACAGAAGCAUCUUCAGCGACAACAAGCGCUUAUGUUAAUGUGUCGGGUGUAUGUUGGAAGUAUCAGUUUUGAACUGAAAGAAGAGACCAUAAAAACCGCGUUUCAUCCAUUUGGUCCAAUUAGAAGUGUGAACAUGUCAUACGAUCCUAUUCUGAAUAAACAUAAAGGAUUCGCUUUUGUUGAAUACGAAAUUCCUGAAGCAGCGCAGAUUGCAUUGGAGCAGAUGGGAGGUGCAAUCAUCGGAGGUCGGAAUAUUAAGGUUGGGCGACCGAGCAAUAUGCCUCAAGCCCAACCGCUUGUGGAAGAAAUUCUCGCGGAAGCGGCGCUGGGUAAUCGAAUUUAUUUAGCAAGUAUCCACGCGGAUAUAGCCGAAGACGAUCUCAAAAGUGUGUUCGAAGCCUUUGGGAAAAUAGUUAGCGUGACAUUGGCCAGAAUAUCGCCAACUAGUCGGCAUAAAGGGUAUGGAUACAUAGAAUACGAAAACACGCAGAGCGCGCAAGACGCCAUCGCUUCAAUGAAUAUGUUUGAUUUAGGUGGCAUGCACAUGAGAGUGGGCAAGUGUAUUAUGCCACCGAAUACAACUAUCCAGUCCAUGGUGCUGGUUCCGGGUGGACUCCCCGCCGCGUCCGCCGUGGCUGCUGCCGCUGUUACGGCUAAACUCCAAGCAUUGGAGGCUGUCGCAUCCCCAUCUUCGUCCAGUGUACGACGUCCAUCGCCUCCGCCUCCUCCAAGUGUCGUGAUUGCGCCGCCGGGAUUCACAGCAGCUGUUCCACCACCGAUUGGUGUAGUGAUUCCACAGAAACUUGGAGCUCGAAAAGAGGAGAAUGGAAUUAAUGGUGAUAAACAGCAAGCGGAAACUAAAAAGGAAACUGCUUCCAAUGAAGAUGACAUACCUCAGACUUUGCACCAUCAGGAAAAUAUGGUGAUUAAAGGCAGCAGUGCACGCCAUCUUAUCAUGCAAAAGCUUGUGCGACCGAAGGAUACGAGUGUGAUCGUAUUGCGGAACAUGGUAACUCCCGACGAAGUGGAUGGUGCUUUGAAAGCGGAGAUCGAGGAGGAAUGCUCGCAGUAUGGCGCAGUCAAACAUGUUGUUAUUUAUCAGGAGCGAGAAAAUGAAAGCCCAGAUGCGCCAACUAAUGUGAAGAUUUUUGUGGAAUUCGAGGGACCACAUGGUGCUGACAAAGCAAAGGCCGGACUUAAUGGGCGAUAUUUUGCUGGACGCAUUGUGAAGGCUGAUAUUUAUGAUCGAGAUCUCUUUGAGUACCAGGACUAUUCUGGCUAAAUUCCCUUAUGAUUUUUGGCUGUUAAUAUUUUUUAUGAGUUUUUCGUUCGCCGCAGCGUGUGUAUAAAUGCUGCUGAGUUAGUUACAAUGCUUCGGACUUCGUUGUUUUGGGUGUUUUAAGUGUAUUUUAUCUCAUUGUUUACCCGUAUAGUUUUGCAGCGAGGGUUAGGCGUGGUUAAAUCUGAUCGGGAAUGGCUUAUUCUCAGAAUUUUUGUUUAGGAAUUAAAAUUAUAUUCGAUUUCGAAA